GGGGGAGGAGAGAUGUGUUGCAGUUGUAUAUUUACUAAAAUGAGGAAAUAGAAAAUCAGUCUGUCAGUGCCUUGGUUCAUGUAGUUUUAUCUGACUCUGCUCACUCACCAACAUGACUGUUCAUCUCAGCUUUCUUCUCAUCAUCACUGGACUCACAGGAAUUCACAGCCUAUCAAUCAGUAAAAUGUCAGUGAAGGCUGGAGAUUCAAUCUCCAUCCCAUUUGUCUAUGGCUCACAGUACAAGAACCAUGUGAAAUACUUGUGUAAAGGAAAUCAUUGGUCCUCCUGCUCUUAUGUAGUUAAAACAAACCAACAAAAUUCAGGAAAGUUUUCAAUCUCUGAUGACAAAGAGCAAAGAAUCUUCACUGUGACGAUAAAAGAUCUGACGGAUAAAGACACUGAUUAUUGGUGUGCUGUGGAGAUUGAUGACGGGCCAGAUGUCGGAGAGUAUUUUCAACUGUCAGUCACCAGAGGUACGCCCAGUCUCUAUGUGGAUCAUCAGGAGAUUACAGGAUUUAAAGGACAUACUAUAACCAUAAACUGUCACUAUCUUAACUAUGGAGAAAUGAAGUGGUGUAGGGGCGUCUUCUGUGUGACGACGCCGUCUGGAUCAAUACAUGGAACAAGAGUAACCAUCAGUAGGAGUGUCCCCAAUGUUUUCACUGUGACUAUGAGUGAACUGAGGACAGAGAGCAGCGGCUGGUAUUGGUGUCUUAAAGGAGACUUACAGAUGCCAGUACAUGUAACUGUUACUGAGCAACCUGCCACUAUUACAGCAACAGGUUUAACCCCUGUGUCACCCACUCUUGAACCUGUGAAUCUCACCCCUGCACCCACAGCUCAGGGUGUACACCCAAGUCCUUCUGAACACCUAAAGAUUUUCGGCAUCCGUCUGAGCGUGUUGGUCCUCGUUGUCAUGGUGACCUUGUUCAUCUGUUUUAUGAUCAAAAGACACAUGCAGACCAGAGCAGAAUCAUCAGACACAACAACGGCUGAAGAGGAAGUAAGAUACGUGAUAAAAACUUCAGGCGAGAGGUCUGAUGCAGAGAGUGAUGUGGAUGGAAUAUAAAGGGUGAAUAUUAAG